CACGAAAUUAGGUUUUGGGAAUACUGGUUCGGGCGGAUUAUGAACGCUUUUGGACACCAACCAUCUAACCAGCAGACCAGCCCCAUUCAGCACCACAGCGCGCAGGAGCUCCUGGACAUGGCCGUGUACUGCGAUAACUACGGUGUGUACCAACAGAACCUCCACCACCAUCACCCGCAGAGGCCUCCGACGCACCCCACCAGCUACGGCCUCGGGGAGUACACCACCCCGUCCGCGAACCCGUACCUCUGGCUGAACGGACCGGGCAUCAACUCCUCUCCUUACCUCUCCGGGAACAACAGCACGUCGUAUAUUCAGUCGGGAUACGGGUCGAACCAGAGGCCGUUCUUGCCGCCUCCCACCGGGUUUGGUGGGGCGGAUCUGGGGUGGCUGUCCAUAUCCAGUCAGCAGGAGCUCUUCAAGAUGGUCAGACCGCCUUACUCCUACUCAGCACUGAUAGCGAUGGCCAUACAGAACGCACAAGACAAGAAGUUGACUCUCAGCCAGAUCUAUCUGUACGUGGCAGAAAACUUCCCGUUCUACAAGAAGAGCAAAGCCGGAUGGCAGAACUCCAUCCGCCACAACUUGUCUCUGAACGACUGUUUCAAGAAAAUGGCACGAGACGAGGAUGACCCCGGUAAGGGAAACUACUGGACGCUGGAUCCCAACUGCGAGAAGAUGUUCGACAACGGGAACUUCCGGAGGAAGAGGAAAAGGAGAGCCGACAUAAGCGGGGCUGACAGCAGCGCUCUCCCGGUCAAGUCAGAAGACGGCCCGCACAAGCUCUCCGACACCGCCAGCCUGCUGAGUUCCUCCCCGCCCAGCCUGCACGGAUCCCCGGCCUCCACGGAGCCCAAGUCGUCCCCGUCCCCGUCCGCGGAGCACAGCCCGUGUUACAGCAAUUUCGUGUCCAGCGUGAACUCGCUGAUGGCGGGCAGCGGCAGCACCGAGGGGUCCCGGGGCGCGGAGCGGGACUACAGCUCCGGGCAUCCCGGGGGACAGUCUCAGACCAGAGAGGGCAUGUCCGGACUGGGCUCCUACUCGCCCACUUUAAUCUCUCCUCUGAACUCAACAGACAACACCAGAAUGAACUAUUACACAUCAGUACAGAACCUCUCCAACCAUUUUAGUGUUAAUAACCUCAUAUACAGCCGGGAAGGAACAGAGGUGUAGUCUGUCUGUGUCAUUUAUCACUCUAGUUAUAGCCUUCACUUUUCUUCAGUAGCCUACUGUUAUUAAGUAUUACUCAUUUUGUGGUUUAAUAGGUCUACUUGUAAAACUAGCACUGGAAAUGAACUGAACUGAAAUGAACUUUUUUUUCCUCCCACAACAACUCUUCCUAACUGGGAAAAAGUAUUUCAGUGUAUUGAAAGGGAACACCGAUCUGCCACUUCUCCAUUCUGGCUUGUCCAUACAAGUGCAACAAACAUGUUUAUUUGUAGAAAAAAUAUUACAAUUCACGAAUCAGCCCACGGGAAAUCUAUCCUUGAACUGAUGGAUGCCUAUAUCUUUUUUUUAAAGACCUGUCUUAAGGAAGAAGGAGACACCUAUGUACAGAAAUUAUUUUCUUAAGAAGA